UUGAUUCCAUGUGCCAUAGACCAGACCUGCUUAGGAAUACAAAUCUUCAGAUUCUACUUCAAGUGCACAAAGUGCUCCGCAGAGAUUACAUAUAAGACAGAUCCAAAAAAUCCCGAUUAUACUGUAGAAUCAGGUGCUACUAGGAAUUUUGAGCCUUGGCGUGGCCAAGAUGAGGAAAUGGAGAAGGAGCAACAAAAAGAAAUGGGUGAUGCAAUGAAGUUAUUAGAAAAUAGAACAUUGGAUUCGAAGAGAGAAAUGGAUAUUAUGGCUGCAUUAGACGAGAUGAAAUCUAUGAAGUCAAGACAUGCAACUGUGAGUGUAGAUGCAAUGCUUGAAGCUUUGCAGCGGGCAGAUGAGGCAAAGGCGAGGAAGCUGGAGGAAAAAGAUGAAGCUCUCAUAAGAUCAGUUUUCCAGGGUUCAAGAGAGAGAAUCAAAAGAAUCCCUGAUGAAGAGCUUGAGGAGGACGAUGAUGAUCUAGCUAUUUUUGCCCUUGAAAGUUUAGGGUCAGAAAACAACUCUCUUAAGAGGAGAAAGGCUUCUGAGGAACCUAAUGAAAAACCCACCAAUUUUUUGACAAAAGCCAGCGUUACUGACAGCUCUAUCAACAAAGAUAAAGCAUCAUCGAGUGAUGGUAAAAUCAUUGUCAAGUCCUCGUCAGUCAAAAUAUCCGUAGAUAAGAAGCCGCCCUCAGACUCCAACAGCAAGAAGACAGUAGAAGGAAACCAGCAAGAGGCAGAAAAGACUGGUGUGACAAGCAAUGGUCUACUAUCGUUAUGUCAACAAUAUGAAAGUGAUGAAGAUGACUGAUUGCUGUCAAUGUCCAUAUAUCCGCAACAAUAUUAAUUGCGGGGUGCUAUUUUCUUCGGGAAUGCUCUUUCUCUGGGCACUUGAAGCUUAAGCUUUGGUUCUCUGCAAAUCGCCAGUUUGUAGGUAUAAUGACUAUUGUCUUCGGUUCACGCACCAAAUCUCUAGUUGCUUUCUUCUGAAUUAUUCUUGUGACAAUCUGAUAGUCUUUUUUACUGCUCGAGAAUUUCUUUAUUCUGAAGGAUUUAUUAAUUUGUAGGUGAUAUUUUUGCAAAACAGAUUUGUAGAGUUUAUAGUUAUUACAGGAAUGAAAUCUCCUCUUCUUUCCCCUCA